AUGGCGGACCAGGCAGAAAGCGAGACUAUCGGGUUCAACGACAACAGAAUGGCGCAGCAGGCGGUGCGGUUCCGCGGCCCUGCACCUGCCCCUGCCCAGACACCAGUGUUACGUGGCCCACCACCACUCCUUAGGCCACCCCCACCUCCUUUUGGGAUGAUGAGAGGACCUCCUCCACGACCUCCUUUUGCACGGCCACCCUUUGAUCCAAACAUGCCACCCAUCCCACCUCCGGGAGGCAUGCCACCACCCAUUGGGCCUCCACACCUACAGAGACCCCCCUUCCUUCCGCCCCCCAUUGGGAACCUGCCACCUCCACCAGGGAUGCUUUUUCCUCCUGGGAUGCCCCCUGUUCCUGCAUCAGGAAGUCCUGCACUGAACCCUGCAGAGGAGAUCUGGGUAGAAAACAAAACACCAGAAGCAAAGACAUAUUACUAUAAUGCCAGAACCAGAGAGUCAUCAUGGAGCAAACCAGAUGGUGUGAAGAUCAUCCAGCAGUCUGAACUCAACCCUCUUCUUGUUGCUGGAGCUCAGGCUGCGGGGGCUGGAUCAAGCACAGGGACGAAUGCUAGCUCAAGUAGUGUGAACACGACAGCCAGCACAGCAGCAGCAGCAACAACCCCAACCCCAACUCAAGCCCCAUCCACAACCCCUUCCCGCACCCUCACCUCCAGCCCAGACUCCACCACCACUGCCUCCCCAUCAGUGACAAUCACAGCCACUGUUGUAGCAGACCUACCCCCUGUUGCCACGGUUACUUCAACUGUUGCUGUAUCUCCAGUCACUGUGGUGACUGUUUCCACGGUGCCAUCACCUGUAACAGCAGUGCAAACCGUGCCCUUGCUGCCUGCAGCCCUGCCUCACAGUGUGGCCCAGCCCACCGCAGCCAUACCUGCCUUCCCCCCCGUCAUGGUGCCACCUUUCAGAGUGCCCUUACCAGGCAUGCACAUCCCUCUGCCAGGUGUAGCAAUGAUGCAGAUAGUAGGUGCGCCCUGUGUAAAGGCAGGCCCCGGCGCCAACGGAAUGCUUCCUGGUAUGGCCCCACCAUUAGUCUCCAUGAUGCAUCCACAGCUGGCUCUGUCAGCAGCGCCUGCGUCCAUGGCCGGAUCACUGCAGCUCCCUGAGUGGUCGGAGUACAAAACAGCUGAUGGGAAGACAUACUAUUACAACAACAGAACACUGGAGUCCACCUGGGAGAAGCCACAGGCCCUGCUGGAGAAAGAAAAAGAAACAGAAAAGGCCAAAGAGCGUCUGGCCCAGGAGGAAGCUGAGGCAAUGGAAAUGGAAGAUGAGGAAAAUAAAAUUGAGAACACUAAUAAUGAGAAGGAGGAGACUAAAGAGGAGGAGAUGACUGAGGAGGAAAAAGCAGCACAGAAAGCCCGGCCUGUAGCCACGAACCCCAUCCCUGGCACACCAUGGUGUGUGGUGUGGACAGGUGACGACCGCGUGUUCUUUUAUAACCCCACAACACGGCUGUCCAUGUGGGACCGGCCUGAGGAACUGGUUGGUCGGGCUGAUGUCGACAAGCACAUCCAGGAGCCCCCACACAAGAGAGGCUUGGAGGAUGGCAAGAAGACAGGUACAGAUAAUUACAUGAACAUUAUGAACAAAGAGGAGCCAGAAUUAGCCAUUACUACUGAAGAGAAUCUGGAUGAAGAGCCGACCAAAGCCAAAAAACGGAAGAGGGAGGAUGCAAAGGAGGCAGACUCAGAAAAGGAAGCAGCUAUGGAGGCAGAGCUCAGAGCUGCCAGAGAAAGGGCUAUAGUGCCUCUAGAGGCUCGGAUGACCCAGUUCAAGGAAAUGUUGCUGGAGAGAGGGGUGUCUGCAUUUUCAACUUGGGACAAAGAGCUUCAUAAGAUUGUAUUUGACCCUCGUUACCUUCUGCUUAACCCUAAAGAGAGGAAACAGGUUUUUGACCAGUAUGUAAAAACACGAGCAGAGGAGGAGAGAAAGGAGAAGAAGAACAAACUGAUGCAGGCCAAAGAUGAGUUCAGGAGGAUGAUGGAAGAGGCAAAGAUCACACCCAGGACAACAUUUAGUGAAUUUGCAGUGAAACAUGGGCGAGACCCCCGAUUUAAGACCAUUGAGAAGAUGAAGGACAGGGAGGCCAUCUUUGUUGAAUUCAUUACUGCGAUGAGGAAGAGGGAGAAAGAGGACUCGAAGUCCAGAGGAGAAAAGGUGAAGCAAGACUUCUUUGAUCUCCUGAGUGACCAGCACAUAGAGGGAAACCAGCGAUGGAGCAAAGUGAAGGAGAGACUGGAGACCGACCCUCGAUAUAAAGCUGUGGAGAGUUCUGCGCUGAGAGAAGAACUUUUUAAACAAUACAUGGAAAAACAGGCAAAGAGUGUGGACAUUGAGAAGGAGCGUGAGUUGGAACGGCAGGCUCGUAUUGAGGCCAGUCUCAGAGAGAGGGAGCGGGAGGUGCAAAAAGCCCGAUCAGAACAGACCAAAGAGAUUGACAGAGAACGGGAGCAACACAAGAGGGAGGAGGCCAUCCAGCAUUUCAAAGCUCUCAUGUCUGAUAUGGUACGUUCUUCAGAUGCAACAUGGUCAGAUACACGCCGUAACCUCCGGAAGGACCACCGCUGGGAGUCAGCUUCACUGCUGGAAAGAGAGGAGAAGGAGAAGCUGUUUAAUGAGCAUGUAGAAGCACUGGCCAAGAAGAAAAAAGAACAUUUCAGACAACUAUUGGAUGAGACCAGCAUGAUCACUCUGACAACUACAUGGAAAGAAGUCAAGAAGGUCAUCAAGGAGGACCCUCGCUGUAUAAAGUUCUCUUCAAGUGACAGAAAGAGACAGCGGGAAUUUGAAGACUACAUCAAAGAUAAGUACAUCACGGCCAAAGCUGACUUCAGAACCCUUUUAAAGGAGACAAAGUUCAUCACAUACAGGUCGAGAAAGCUGAUCCAAGAGUCAGAGCAGCACCUGAAAGAUGUGGAGAAGAUCCUUCAGAAUGAUAAGCGUUACCUCGUUCUGGAGUGUGUCCCCGAGGAGCGCAGGAAGCUCAUCAUGUUCUACAUUGAAGACCUUGACCGCCGCGGCCCACCGCCUCCGCCAACUGCGUCUGAGCCCACCCGGCGGUCCACAAAGUGACCAAGUGACACCACCUUCACAGCUGGUGCCCUAUUCUUCCCAGCCCCCCCCCCCCCCCUUUUUUUUUUUCGGCCAGAGCAUGACCUCCCCAACAAACCCCCCGACCUCGCCCUCCACUCCCAUGGCUGGCCUUGCAGUGUUACCGCUGGGGGGUUGUGUUGCUUAGACAUAUAUCAUAGAGAUGAACGGUUAAGGUCUCUGUGUUAUGUCGCCUCUAGCCCUGAAAUAGCCCUGCAUUAAGGCUUCAGCAGGGAACAGAGGUUACCUGAUGUCAAGGUGACCAUGACCCCUCACCUCUAACUGACCAUAUUAGAGGGAGAGGGAUAGUGAUAAGGCUGCAGCCUGAGCAGCCGCAGAAAUGUAAGAUAGAUGAUGUACAUGAGGAUGAAUGUGUUUGUGUGUGACUGACUGUGUGUGUCCGUGUGUGCUGCGUACAUGAGUGAAUGUGUAUGCAUGUGUCUGAGGCGUCUUUAAGCCUUACUGCUCCACUGUGCCAGUUAUCGUUUCAGCGGCUCAGUGUGAAUGUUAGUUUCUGCUCAGUGGUUUACUCCAAUGUCGCAGCAGUUUCUCUGUUGAAUAAAAUAAAGGCAACUUCCACUGUUUUUCAAAA